CAGAGACUGAAAAUUCUGUUGAGAAUACGACAAAAUGAGCAGUCGUCGAAAACGUGCACCUCCAUCAAAAAUAGAUGAGGAGAAGAAGAAAAAGCUUUGCUGGAAUAUGCAUGAAGACCGGAGAAAUGAGAUGAUAACAUUAGAUGAUGAAACGACCAAUGAGGACCAUGUUCCAGGUCCAAGCACUUCUUCUGCCUCCUUCAUUGUUAUAAAUGAUGAUAGCACUGAUGAAGACCUUCUUCAAAAAGAAGGCAGUGGCACAAAAUCUGUCAAGUUUUUGACAGUUAACGAUGAAGAUGACUCUUACUCCAUCUUGACUCCUGUGUCAGUACAGCUGAAUAUUAUAGUCUUGCCAUACCGUGUGGAUGGGUCCUGGAAGGCUUUGCUGGGAGAAUUUGCUCUUCAUCUUCCUUCUGAGCAAAUUCUAACAGAUGAAUUCAGUGAAAGGAGCUUUACUUUGAUGAGAGGAGACUCUGAUGAUCAGCUGCAAGUCUGUAUUCAUGAAAGAAGUGGAGAGGAGUACAGUAAUGAAACAAAAGAAUACCUGGGUGCUUACGAACAACGUAUUUUAGUGGAACCAACUUUAGGUGGUGAAAUAUUGGAAGGCUUGAGAUGGUUGCAAAAGAAAAAGAUAAUCGGACUUUAUCAAAGGCCUGGAGAGGCUCAGGCUUUAAAGGUUGGAAUUUACCUUCUGGAAGCUGGGCUAAGUAAACCAGAGUUUCUCAGUGAUGGAGGUGGAAGACCCAAAAAAGCUAAUCAGCUGAUUCAAAAACUCAUGGAGAAGUUCUACAGCUUUUUAAUUCCAGAUGAGCUGGAGGAAGAUGAAGAAGAAUCUGAUGUGGAACUAGAGCGACAAAAUAUUGAAGAGCUUUAUGACUUUGUAAGGCACACCCAUCAGCAGGAUAUCCAGUUACUGCGAGAGGAUGUGCAGCAUCCUGCAUUAAUUCCUAUUCUAAGGCCAUACCAAAGUGAGGCUGUGAACUGGAUGCUUCACCGAGAGAACCUCAGAAGCACUCCAAAAAAUGCACUGCAUUUCUUGUGGCGGGAGGUCAUCACUCUGGAUGGAGAAAAAAUCUACUAUAAUCCAUUUACUGGCUGUAUUAUCCGAGAAUAUCCAGUUGCUGGACCCCAGUGGCCUGGAGGCAUAUUGGCAGAUGAGAUGGGUCUUGGAAAAACAGUAGAAGUGUUGGCUCUUAUUCUGACUCAUACCAGACCAGACAUUAAACAAGAUGAUCUGACAUUACCUGAG